AUGGCGCAUUUCUUUGCACAUGGAAAGCACUCGAUGUGGCUCUUGGUGCUCUCGGCCAUCGGCAUCCCUUGGUUGACGUCCGCCGCGCUACAAACAGUACCCACGUCUCCCACAAAUGUACAGCUGUCUGUCGUGGAUCAGCAUGAUCUAUUCGUUUCCUUCUCCCCCCCGCUUAGCGAUGGCGGCUCCACCGUGUCGGCAUAUGAGGUGGAUUGGGACCCAAAUCCUGGUGUCCAAGAAGUUCAAACGGUCACUACAUCAACAUACACGGGAGCAAACGAAGUGCAAACCGUGACCACGUCAGCGGCCGACGUGAACGAAAUCCAAAUCGUGACCACCUCUGCGACGAUGAUUCGGGAAGUGCAAGUUGUCACGACGACCGCCGCUCCUGGCCAGACACUGGGCGGUGGUUUCACGCUCCAGCUUGACACGACGUCCACUGGUGGCAGCGUGCGGUUGUCUGGUGUCAUUGGCUUCACAGCUGGGGCAUCCGGGGACCGGUCGUGCAUGAAAGAAAUCCUCAACGCCAUGGCCAACAUUGGCCCCACCGGCGUCUUUGCCGUCUCUCGAUCUGGUCCGGAUACCCAAGGGGGCUACGCAUGGUCCAUUACGUUUGAUGCAUCGAUGGGCAACGUGCCUCAAUUGUCUUUGCAGAGUUCGACUUUGAUUGGCGCGGGGGCCGCUGUGGCAAUCACGACUGCCACUCCUGGCAACGUCAUCAGCGAUGGCUACUUCACUUUGACCUUUGGCGGCAGUACCACAAGUAGCAUUCCUAGGGAUGCCAGCAAUGCCGUUGUGCAAGCUGCCCUCGAAGCACUACCAACCGUGGACUCUCUGGCCGUGUCGCGCACCGGCCCCGACUUUCAAGGGGGGUAUGUGUGGACGAUAACGUUUUUGUCCAGCUUCAACGCAGGCGAUGUGCCCCUUCUGGGGAUUGCGAAUACGUUGGUCGCCACGGGGGCCAACGCCGUCGUGACAGUUGGGACACAAGGCAACCAGCUCGGCGGGUUCUUUACCCUCAUCUACAAUACCGUGCCCACGACCCAAUUAGCGUCCAGUGCUACGGACACGGCGGUGAAAGCAGCGCUUGAGCUUAUACCUGGCAUUGGCACCGUCAAAGUCGUUCGAUCUGGCCCCGAUUACCAGCUCGGGUACACGUGGACGAUCUCGUUCUUGACGCUGAAGGGCCCAGUGUCGGCACUGGGGUUUACGACGGGCACCCUCACGGAGACUCGCAGCGACAGCGUCGUGUCCAAGGCCAUCACGGUCGUGCGCACUCGGCCCGGCACCACCCAAGCCGUCCAAUCCAUCGCGACGACCACGACCUUGACGGCGGUGCCCGUCGCCAGUACAUUUCAGCUCCAGUUUACAAACAACGGCGUGACCACGACCACGGGAAACAUUCCGGCCAACCCCAUGGGCGAUGGCACAUGCAUGUCGACGCUGACCGAGAUCCAGCGCAUCAAGACCAGUACUGUCGACACGACCAACAUGGGCGGCGACAACCUCGUGUCCCCCCUCACGUUCUUCCAGCUCGUGUUCACGUCGCGCGGGGUAACCCAAACCACUAACCGCAUCUUGGCCAACCCUAGCGCCGGCAACUGCACCGUGGGGGCCGCCUCCAUCAAGGCUGAGCUGGAAAAGCUGCCCGGGGUCGUCGUGCCCGUGACCGUGUCCAACGUAGCUACAACGUCGACCCAAUCAUGUCAGUGGGACGUUACGUUUACCAACAACGCAGGCAAUUUAAACCAAAUGACUGCCGUGUCUGGAACCAAUGGGCCCGCCAGUGCCAUCACGGUCGGCGACGACACGGUCACGAUCACGACCGUGCAAGACGGAACCGUCCAAAUCAUCAAAUCGGAGCUGGAAAAGCUCGCGAAUGUUGCGUCGGUCACCGUCACGGCCGUCGCCGGGCUCAAGCAAACGUGUACUUGGAGUGUUACGUUCGACAACAAUGCAGGCAACUUGGCUUUGUUGCAAGUGGCGAUGGGCGGUGUGUUCGGAAGCGCGGCCACUUCAUCCGGUACGACCGUCACGGCUGCGUUGGUCACUACGGGGACGUCCGCGCCGCUGGGGGGCUUCUUUUCGUUGCAAUUCCGAGGCCAAACGACGGGAUACCUGCCGUACAACAUCGCCGCGGCGGACAUGAAGAACGCGCUUGAACUUCUCUCGACGGUGGACGGCGUGUCGGUUGUGCGAUCCAAUGUUGACCCGAACGGCGGGUACUCGUGGGCGAUUACGUUUCUGAAUUUGGGCAACUUGCCCCCGCUGACAGCCGACUUUGCCGCCCUCGUUGGGACCGUGCCCACGGUGACUAUCACGGAAACCAUUCCUGGCAUCCCGCCUCCCUUCAAUUCGCGCGAUGUUGCCAACGGGGUUCCAAUGGGCCGCAGUUUCAUCACAGACUUAAGCACGCUGUCGGCAACGAUGCCGAUUCUAGACACAAACAUCCCCUACUAUAUUCGAGUGACGGCUCUCAACGCCAUCGGUCGCAGUGUGCCGCAGAUGUCGACCCCCCCGUUUGCGAUUCCUGUCGCUCAACCCCCUCGUGCCCCCCAAAACCUGACCAUGUCCGUGCUGGGCCACACGUCGCUCCAGGUAUCCCUCGGGUUUCCCACUUCGGACGGCGGGCUUCCCGUGGACGCAUAUCGCGUCGAGUGGGAUACGCAGCAAAUCGUCGACGAAGUGCAAAGUGUCGUGCUCACGGUACCCGUGACAAACGAAGUCCAGACCAUCACCACCGCGGCCGCCAUCGUCAGCGAAGUGCAGCUCGUCCGCCUUGUCAGCACGUACGUCGCUCCAGCCGCGAUUGAAGUCCAACGCGUGAACUGCGACGCGUCGGGCGGGUCGUUCACGCUCACCUUUGUUGGCGCCACCACCGCUCCGAUCUUGGCCAGUGAGACUUCGGUAGCCGUAAUCAAAGCCACGUUGCAAGAACUGGCGGGGGUCACCGUCUCCGUGGCGUUCGUGGGCGGCGCGACCCAGGCUUGUGCCCCAUGUCUGGUCUCAGGGUGCGCUGGCGGCAUUGCGGUCACAUUUACGUCGGUGGUGGGGUACGCUGGCAGCCUGCCUUCCCUCACCGCCAACACGACGUUGCUGACUGGGAACCGCCGCAUCGACGUGGUGAAAACGACUUCCGGCCAAGCCGCACCUGGGGGGAUGUUCUCGUUGGUUUAUAAUCGGGGAUCCGAUACCGUGACUGUCCCCAUCCAAGCGACAGCGACGGCCGCAGCGGUGCAAACGGCCUUGCAAGCUCUGGAGGCGGGGCUGACCAUCACGGUGACCGACGGCACUUCUGCCCUCCCGGCAGCCAACAUCGCUGCAGGGGAACGGCUGUGGCGCGUGACGUUUGUCAACAGCGGAGACGUACCGACGCUCCGUUUGGCCAACAACCAGCUCACCGGCAACGGCGCCACGAUUCAAGUGUACGCCGACGGGGCGACGCUGGGCUCGGUGGUCGCGUCUGUGCGCGGAAAUCAAGUAUCGGGACAAUUCACGCUGAAUGUGAUGGGGCACGUCACGGACUGGAUUCCGUACGACGCGUCUGACACGACGGUGAAGCAGCGGCUGGAAAGUCUACCCAACUUGGGCACCGUGACCGUGGUGCGCACUGGUCCGACGCUCCAGUUGGGCUAUGUGUGGACCGUGACGUUUUCGUCGAAUCCAGGCAACUUUCCGUACGGGGCUGGUACUAUCUCGCUCAUGACGCCCACAAACACUACCUUUCUCACGGGGACCAGCACUACCGCUACGGUCACCCCUGCCCGGGUCACGACCGGGUCGACUUCAGUCGGUGGAACGUUUUCGCUGUGCUAUUCGUCGCUGUGUACCAGUGCGUUGAGCCCGUACAUUUCGGCCACGGCGCUCAAAGCGGCGUUGGAAACGGUCAAUUCCAUUGGUCGGGUAGGUGUGUCUCGAGCGCAAGCCGCCAGCGGGUUCACGUGGCUCGUGUCGUUCGUUGGUUGCCGACUCUUGGCGGAUCAAGUGACGAAUGUGUGCAACACAGGCAACCUCAGCCCCCUCGUGCCGCAAUUCAUUGGCACGCUCACCGGAGGCGUGGCUAACAAUGCCGUCGUGGCGGUAACUGAAGUCACCCCGGGUGCAGGCCCUGCCAACGUCCGCGACUUAACUGACUUGUCGGGCGGCGCGCCGCUACUGACCAACCUCUUGGGCUUGACGACGGGACGACCAUAUUACGCCCGAGCCAACUUUCACAAUGCGCUUGGCCAUGGAAUCCGAGUGUACUCGACGCCCCCCUCUGUGAUCCCCCAAGCCACCGCCCCUGGCAAACCGGAGCCCGUGCUGCUCGUGUCGACAACAGCCACGUCAAUGCAAGUGUCUUGGGCCUUGCCUACCGUGAACGGCGGGUCAGUCGUGACCGGAUACCAGCUGUGGCUGUCGGACUGGAACGACAAUUACCGGAUGGUGUACGACGGAGCAAACAGCGUCGUGACUACGUACACUCUUGUGACGACCAACGACAAUGAAAUCAGCACGGGGCAGCAGUAUGCGCUCAAAGUGCGUGCGAUCACCUACUGUCAACCCGCCAACCCGUCGGUCGCUUGCUUUGGUAGCUUUAGCGACCCCGCUAAGUAUACGGUGCGGUCGCCUGUGAUCCCCUCUGCGCCGGCUGCACCUACCCGCGACUCCAAGACAAACGUGGGUCUGCCUCUUGUUCUAGGGGACGGAGUGAUCUUUCUCAAUUGGAAGCCUCCCCUCGACAAUGGUGGGUCACCUAUCACCGACUACCAGGUGUACAUGGAUUCCGGAUCGGGAUUUCUCCUGCAAACCCUCACUGGUGUGUUUCCGUACGGGUACACCACGUCCGUGGGGUCACUCACCGAAGGCAACAUGUAUCGAUUCUACGUUCGAGCGUUGAAUGCAGUGGGGUAUUCUGCCAACAGUCCCAUCUUGACCGUCGCGAUGGCGAAUUCUCCCAACGCCCCUGCAGCCCCCAUCGUGACUGAUGUGUCGCCGUCGUCGAUUUCCCUCACUUGGUCCCCUCCUUUGCUCUGCACGUCGAGCCAAACGUCGUGCAAUGGGAGUCCGUUGACAGGGUACUUCCUCUGGCAGUUUAGCGGCGUCAACUCGGCCUUGCUGUCGUCGCCGACGCCAGUCCUGAACGAAGUGCAGCAAAUUGCGAUCACUGUUCAAACGCCUACGACUGAAGUGCAAUCGUUUACCAUCACCGGCGCAACGGGUAAAUUCAUACUUAACAUGAACGGCAAAGACACGCCGCUGUUGGACGUGGCGAUCUCCAACUCACUGCUGGCCACUCAAAUUGCGACGACGGGGCUCACGGUGACUGUCAGCCAAGUCGCCAUCACGAAUGGCAUCACCUGGACAGUGUCGUACACCGGCACGACCGGCCCAGUUCCCCUUCUGGUCGUGGAGCCCGAGCAACUAACCAGUACGAAUCCGCUCGUGGCGUACUCGUACUCGGUGACCCGAGUCGCGCUGGGCACGACGGUCGCCGGCGGGGACUUUACCUUGUCGUUUCUGGGGUAUGAGACGCCGCACUUGGCGUACAACACGCCGUGGGUGGAAAUGAAACGGCAGCUGGAAAACCUCCCGAGUAUCACGCACGUGGCUGGGGCCUACACGGCCGGAGCGAACGGCGCCGGGGUUUGGGUAGUGACGUUCUUGACUGAACUCGGCAACGUCCCGUUGAUUGGAAUCACGUCGGGGCGGCUAACGGGAGGCGGCGCCACGGGCGUGGUCACGUCGAUUCAAGAUGGGACCCCGGGCAGGAUCGUGUAUGAUGGCUCGAAUUCGCCGGAUGUGCUGUCCUACCAAGCGACCAACUUGACGUCCGACACGUGGUAUUCGUACGCUAUGGUAGCAAUCAACACUGCUGGCGUGGGGAUUGCGAGUCCGACGACGCCGUCCAUAGACGCCCGAGGCGGCGCGAGCUCAGCCAUGACGACGGCGUCCGGCACGGCGCUUCAUGUUGGGAUCGCGGGCGUUGUGUACGAAGUGCAAACUGUCACGACCAACGGCCUCGGUGCGGGAACGUUUACGUUGAAAUUCGGCUCGUUCGUCCCCACGGCCCCCGUUUCAGUGGCAACAAGUGCCGACACGCUGACCAGCCUGCUCCAAGCCACCAACCUUGGCACGGUGUCCAUCACGAAAAUGGCCGUCAAUGGCGCUGCCGACUCGAUGUGGUAUAUUACGUUUCGAGACUACGUAGGCAACGCCCCGUUGCUGGUAACCAGUAGUGCGGCGGUCACAGCGGCCGAGUUCAUUCAAGGCCGAGCCAACCAGUUUACAAUCGAGCCGAAAAAAGCGUCUGGCAACGUCGUGACGGACCUGGACGCGGCAUCCGGAUUUGUGGGCAGCGACACGUUCUUCACAGAACUGUGGUCAAGUCCGGCCAACGUGGUGGACGGAACCCAUGCGUGGGUAGCCGACGGGGGGGUGGCUACGUACAAUCCCGCCACGUUUGAAAUCCAGAGCAUCACAAUCACAGCGUCGACGGGCCUGUUCACAGUCAAGCUGGACACGUCGGUGGCUCGACUGGGUGGCGUCCUUUCCACGUCCACAGUCCCUCUCAAUGCAGCCACGUUGGCCACAGCCUCCGAUUUGAAUGCUGCGUUUUCGUUUAAAGGAUGUGUGGAGGCCUUGACCAACGCCGGGACCGUCCUGGUGACGCGGACGACCAACAGUGCGUCGUCAUGGACGUAUGCUGUGACGUUUGUGACUUCCUUGGGUGACAUUCCGCCCCUCAUGCUCGUUAGCACGGACGCUACAUUCACCACUCCCCAAGCUGGCGUGCUGACGUUUACAGAAGUGGCUCGCGGAGCCACAGAGAUUCAGACGGUGACCGCCGCCGGAGAUACUGCGUUCGUCCAGGAAGUGCAAAGUGUGUCGACGUGGUUAGAUGCGACGGGGGGUGUAACCACCAUCGGUGGGACGUUUGCAGUGUCGUUUGCGGGUGCGCCUCCAGUGACGUUAUCCGUGUCUGCCACAACUAACCAAGUCCAACUGGCCUUGCAAUCUCUGACUAACCUGGGAACGGUCACGGUGACAUCUCAAAGUGCAAACUACGGCGCGUCCACGGGCCUCACGACGUGGUUCAUCACGUUCACAACCCUCGUGGGAGACGUGCCAUCGCUUCAAAUUACGACCAAAUCACUCACAGGAACGUCCGCGAACGUGUAUGUGAACGAAGUCAUCAAGGGCCAGUCGCCGCUGGCUGGGACGUUCGUGCUCAGUUUUGUCGACCAGACGACUUUGAACUUGCCGUACGACAUUUCGGCGCUGCAGCUCAAGGCAGAACUGGAAAAAAUGCCGUUGAUCAGCCAAGUCGACGUGGCCCGCACAAACCUCAACGUGGGAUUCAAGUGGACGAUUUCGUUUACGAAAAACGUGGGCAAUUUGCCCCUUCUCCAGGCAUCACCGUACCAAUACCAAGUGCAGUCGGUUACUACCAGCGGGGGCAGCCCCACGCCACUGUACGGAACGUUCACGUUGUCAUUCAACGGCCAAGAGUCGGCGCCCAUCUCGUACGAUGCCAAUGCGAAAGAUGUGAAAGCGGCCUUGGAAUCGUUGACGUCGAUCGGGCGUGUGGAUGUCACCCGCAGCAACUUGCUCAGCUCGGGCGGGCAAUUCCAGUGGCUUGUCACGUUUCGCACGGAGUUGGGGCCGAAUGCAUUGCUCGUGGCGAAUUUCCAGCGGCUCUCGGGGAGUUUUCCGGGGGUGUCCGUGGCAGAAGUGCAAUCUGGGCUCCUCAAAGCAUUGACUGGCAACAACCCAGUGCUGACUGUGGAAAAGAAACUGCGCGGCACUCCGAGUUACACUGCCAACUAUGUGCCGGCCCUACCAGGGUCGUAUUCGCUGGCUGUCACGCAGCUAACCCCUGGGGGUCUGAACGCCCUGUACUUUGACAAUUUUUGGCUUCAAGACGCCCCCGUGCAAAGCCAAGUCGACCCUCGACUGCAGUUCCAAUGGGGGCAAUCCCCCAUCACAACGUUUGGACAAGAUUACGUGAGCAUUCGCUGGUGGGGCAAACUCAAAGCCAGUUUCACCGACGAGUACGUGUUUUACCUGGAUGCAUCACACGGCGUCCGGUUAUGGUUGGACCAUUCGCUGGUGGUGGAUACUUGGGACGACGACAAUCCAAGCUCGACCACAGUUCGAUUCAACUUGAUUGCGAACCGGUAUCACGACGUCCGGCUGGAAUUCCACAAAGCCACGGGAAGUGCCUACCUGAGCUUGCAAUGGAGCAGUACGUUUGUGCCUAUCCAAGUGAUCCCGUCCACUGCGUUUUACAGGCCAAGUCAUAUCGUGGGCAGCCCGUACUUGUUGAAUGUCAUACCUGGUGCAACGGACUUUCCAUACACAACUGCUACGGGAGACGGUCUGCGAAGCUCCACGGCUGGAAAUGUCGCCACGUUUAUCAUUCAAUCCAAGGACCAGCGCGGAAACAACAAGACAGUAGACGGUGAUGUGUUCGACGUGCAACUGACCGGAACUGUUGGCACGACUGCGAAACUAACGCCAUUCAAAACCCCAGAGUACCUCGGACAAGGGCAAUACUUGGUCUCGUACAAGGCGACUGUGAGUGGCACGUACGCACUGUCGAUUCAAAUUGGGGGCUCCCCUAUUUACUGUGGCUUGGGGGCCGCCUUGAAGUGCAGUCCAUUUACAGUCGUCGUGACCUCCGGCAAGACUGUACCAUACACUAGCACUGCCACCGGCGCAAACCCCCCCAACAUGGACAGUCUGGUCGAAAUGAUUGCUGGACAAGCCUCCAACUUUACGAUCCAAGCCAAGGACACGUAUGCUAACAAACGGGAAGUGGGGGGUGAUGUCUUUGACACGCGCAUUGUGCUAGUAGCCGACCCCACCGUGCGGUAUCGCAGCAGUGUGCUGGAGUACCAGGCGACGGGACUGUACAACGUCCAAUUGUCCGUGCCCAAGGCCGGAGUGUACACGAUGGCAACGUACUUUCAGAACUCGCCCGUUCUCAUGUGUCCAGGUCAAGUCUGCAGCGCCAUCGGCAGCACGUCCAGCCUCACCGUCGUGCACAAUGUCCUCCAUCCCCCCACGUCGUACGCGACUGACACGGGGACCCAAGGGUUGAGUUUGGCCACGUCCAACGUUCCCAACUCGUUUUCCAUCUACGCGUUGGAUUCGUUUGGCAACUUACGAGUGGGUGCGACCACUCUCCGGUCGACUUCGACGGGAGAUGGACGAUCCGAUGUGUUUUUAGUCACGAUUGCAUCGCCUCUGGACACUGUGACCACCUCGUCGGCCGUCCAGGUGCUGACUUCUCCAAACAGUGCCCAAGUAGGAACAUUCAAGCUUACGUAUGGCUCAUUCUCGACAUUGCUGUGUGCUGCUUGUGCCCAGAGUUUGGCCGGAAACGUCAUCACGGUCAACGUCAACCUAGUCGGGCUUAUUGCCGUGAACACUAAAUUCACCGUCAAUGCGUGUGUGUUGACCCCAACAGCUGUGACCACUACCACCAUCACUGUGAAUGCAAACCACGGAUGCGCUGGGUUCACGGGUGCAGCGACCAGCUUGUACAUUUCAGCAACGACACCCCGUCUCACAGCCCUUCUGCCUCAAAAUGUCAACGCCGCUGGAAUCAAGUAUGCACUGGAAUUGCUCGACCCGUUGAACCGCGUUCAAGUGUCCAGAACGGUGAACGGUGCUGGCAACUACGUGUGGAGCAUUACAUUUCUAUCCAGACUGAGCAGCUGGUCCACGGCCAAGCUGGCAGUGGAAUAUCCAGCUAACACGGCCAGCUUGUAUGGAUUUCCUCUAGCAGUGACGACGCCAGCUUCAGCUGGGAUUUACCCCGUGGGCUACACCAUGACUGUUGCAGGGGUGUACACGAUGAACAUUACCGCGAAUGACAUUCACAUCCUCGGGAGUCCAUUUACGAUGACUGUUCAGAAUGCAGUGGUGGACGGAUUUAGCUCCGUGGCGGCCGGUGGCAACUGGUACUCCAGCGCCCUCCCCACAGACUACACGCAGAUCAACGCCGUGGAAACGUUGCCCAGCACGGCUGGCCAGCCCUUUUCGUUCCUGCUGCAAGCCAAAGACGCUAGGCGAAACGAAGUGCAGGUGCUGCGCACCCGUGCCGCCAUUGUCGCCAACGUUAACACUGUGCAGCAAAUCUUACCUCAAGCUUCGUCGUUUACGCUGAGCUUUCGAGGGUCCGCUCCCAUCACUGUCACCACCGGCACGACCUACACAGCGCUUGCUACGGCGUUGGGGGCCGUUGCCACCAUCGGUGCUGGAGGGGUGACUGUCACUGCAGCCACCGGGACCACCGUGACGAAUGGUCAAGCGUUCGUCGUCACGUUCACCGGACUCGCGGGACCAUUGCCUUACUUUGUCGCCAAUGCCAAUGCCAUCGUGAGCCAAAGCACGCCCGGCGUGACAUCCUUCCGGCAAGAAAUUCAAACGUUUACGUGUGUGGCCGCGACGCCAGCGACCGCGGGGGCGUUCGAUGUCUCAUAUGGCUCCGUGGCCAACACAGUCAACGUCCUUGCUACGAGCACCGUGAGUGCGUUCGCGAGUCAAAUACAAACGCUUGUGGGGUCUCCAGUGACCGUGACGACUGAAUCAGCCACCACGGCGCUGUGUACGGCGGCGGGGAUUCGUGUAUUUAUUCAAUUCACAACAGCCCAAGGCAAUUUGCCAGCCCUGACGUACUCACCGUCCACAGGAGCGACCAUGACAUUGACGUCCGAGAAAGAUGUCGGCGGGGCCUUGGGCGGAAUUGCACCCCUGUGGGGGUCGUUUACACUGUCGUACUCUGGUGAAACCACAGUCGCCUUGCCAUUUGACGUGUCGGCCACCGCCUUGGCCAGUGCGCUGAAUAACCUCUUGUCCAUCGACGGCGUCGUGGUCACCAAGGAUGUUCUGGAUGUAUCUACCGAAGGAGGCAACAGCAUUCCUCAAAUCACGUCGCUCUGGGCCAUCACAUUCACUCAAAACUCGGGCAAUUUGGCCUUGUUGGCCGUCGACAGUUCGUUAUUGGUCGCGAGCAACAGUGGCCAACUCCAGCCGUCGAUGGAUGUCGUAGAGCUUGUGGCUGGUACGAUCGGCAACAACCGCUCGGAUGUGUCGGAUUUGGCGGCUGUGGCUGUGACCGUGCAACAGAACUACGUGAAUCCCGGUCUACAAGAGAUCCAAACCUUGACAUGUGUUGGAACGAGUUCAUUCACGUUGACGUAUGGCGGCACCACCAUCACCGUCGCCCCAAGCUUGACUCUGGUACAGUUUAAGGCACUGCUGACCCCGCUUGUGACGGGGGGGGUCAUCGUAGCGUCCCCUGGUGCGACGGCAGUUUGCCAUCCAUUCAUCCGAUUCCCCAUCACCAUUACGUUUUUCACCCCGCUGUCCGUCAAUUUGUUGGCGUGGGGAGCGUCCACGAAUGAAAUAUCUAUCGUACGCACCCAAACUGGCAUACCGACCGUGAGCUCCACCAAGACGAUUUCGAAUUACGAGCAGCAAACGCUAGUGUGUACUGGGACUAGUGCGACCUUUGACCUUGUGUACGGGUCAAAUUCUGUAAACGUAGACGCUGCGAUGACCAUUGCGCAGUUGAGUACAUUGAUCAAUGGGAUGCCGCUGAUCGUUGCCUUGGGCGGCGUGACCGUGACUAGUUCCCAGGCCACAGUGUGCGCCGCCACAACUCCUGCAAAUGUCGUGAUUGCGUUCAAUGUGUUGGGCAAUCCAGACUCGUUCACGGCCCAGAACUUCCGAGCGGGUAUUGCGUCGGUAUCGAUUGUGGAAUCCAUUCGUGGGCUGACGUCGUUGACGGGGUUGUCCAAAGGGCAAUAUCAAAUCGUUUUGACGCCCACUGUGUCGGGGCUGUACACGUUUUCCGUCACGAUCGGAGGCAGGGCGUGCAUGAAUCCUUCGCGAAUUCUGGUGGCGCCAGGUCGGUCCAGCGGUCCGCAUUCAACCCACAACGCCAAUGCCGUGGCCACCCAAGGUACCCCCGAGUCGCUCGUGAUUCAAGCGCGCGACGAAUAUCUGAACCCCCUGUCCGGCAGCGUGGAAUUGAAUUCGGCGGGGUUUAUUGCUACGCUGUCGCUGGCAGGUCAGAAGUUCCCAGUCUCUGUGUCGGAAGCCUCGCCCAACACCGACGGUACAUACACAGUGGCGUACCUGCCACGAGUCUUUGGCAACCACACAUUGUCCAUUCGGCAUCGCCUCUCGGGUGGCCUGCUAGCUACGUACUACUCCAACGACGACUACACAUUGCCGGAAAUAUACUGUGUGACUCAACGUCUGUCCACGACUCCUCUGUGCGAUGGCACUCGAGUGGAAGGCCCGCUGACGUUUGCCUGGGGCGAGACGCAACCGCCAAAGCUACUCAACCCGUCGUUCCCGUCGAAAUGGUUUAGCGUGACUUGGUUAGGCGACGUGGCAGUACCCGUCACAGACGACUACACGUUUGUCGUGUCGGCCGACGGAGACGUGAUGGUGCAGGUGGAUAGCACGGUGCUGAUCCAACACAUUGGCAACACCACCGCGACCACGUCAGGCACAUUGCACUUAACAGCUGGGGCGUUUUACAAGCUGUGGAUCAAGUAUAGUGCAGGGGCCCUUCCCAAGUUUGCGCUCAGUUGGAGCACACCCAGUGUGCCGUUGGCACCGAUACCAGCAUCGCAACUGUUUUUCCACCGCCAGAUCGACCGAAGUCCGUUCAGUGUGAGCGUGUAUCCUGGGGACAUGAUGGCGACCACAAGUACUUCGUCGUAUAUAGCCAAUUCCACGUUUUUUGCGCUGUCACCAGUGAGCUUCGUCGUCACCUCCCGUGAUGUUGAGAGCAAUGUUCGCGUCAAUUAUGGCCGGGAUCUGCUGGAUAUCACCGUCACAGGCAGCGGGGGAUGGGCUGGUAUCGGGCGUGUGAAUGAUGUCACGACCAACACCCCCAUCACAAUCCAGCCCUCGUUGCUUUGUGCGGCUUGCGUGACCUCGUUGGCGUCCAACGUCGUCACAGUCAACGUGGAUGUAUUAGACCAACUGCUUCCUGGCAUGCGGUUUCGAGUGAUCAAUGCCAACGCAGGCACCACCACACCGACUCAGUUCCGGGAUUGCUACUUUACAGUGGUGUCGACGACUGCGUUUAGCACGGGCUCUGCCACCGCAACAGCCACAGUGCAGGCUCCGCACGGGUGCAGUGCAUUCGCCACUCAAGCCCUGGGUCUGUCGUUGUUUUUACCUCUGGACUGGCGGUACUUGGGCACGGUAUCAGUCACUCGAGGUUCUACGAUGUUGUCUGCAACAAGUAUGGACUUCCGCAACGUCCCCUCCGACAAUCCGCUUGUCCGCGGCGAUACCAUUGUGGUUGGCCAAGAGAUUCACACCGUCGAUACAGUCUUGGGGACGUUUGAUAACCUGCAAGUUCCAAUGUCAACGUCGUACACUGGAGUCGACGCCCAGUUUGUCCGAGUGUUCAAAGCUGGGGUCAACACGGGCAAGUAUUUGGUGAAUUUUGUCCCGCAAGUCAAAGGAACGUACGUGUUGGACGUUGCGAUUCCCAAAAUCCGCGAAGUGCAAACUGUCACCACCGCUGCCUCGACGGCUUUGGGUGGGUCGUUCACUUUGACUUUCAAGGGAUGGCAAUCAACCGGCCAGCAAGCGACGACCACAACUGCAGCCAUCGCAUUCAACGCGAAUGCUGCGGCGGUGAAAGCCGCAUUGGAAGGGUGUGCCAACAUUCCUGUCGGGAGCACUACCGUUGCGCCUGCUGUUUGCACUGGAAACGACCCGACGCUUGGGUGUACGUGGACUAUUACGUUUGAUCGUAGCCCUGACGAAGGUUCUCUCGACUUGCUAAGUCCCCAGUAUACAAAGUCACUGACUGGGAACUCGGCAACUGUGACUGUGGCCCGCUUACGAGCGGGGGCUGCGCGGCAACAUUUGAGUGGAUUCCCAUCCACUCUGGUGGUGCGUCCAGCGGCGACGAAUCCCGCAGUCACGACGGCAUUUGGACAAGGCCUCGUGUACGCUAUCGCAGGCAACACGUCGUCGUUUUCGAUCCAAGCCAAGGACACCCACGGCAACAACAAGGAAGACUCGGAUCCAAAGGACUACUUUGAUGUGCGCGUCGUUCCUUCUGGCACCCAAUACACGGACACCGCCAUUGUACAAGGGCAGGUGACUUAUGCAGGCAACGGGCUGUACAACGUAAGCUACGCCCCAUAUCUGUCUGGUGCCAACACCAUGGUGGUGGCAAUGGCGAUGCUGCCAGAGAUUCAAACGCUGACGCUGGACUUUACAUCGAGCACGCAACAAGCUGGGACUUUCAGUCUGACGAUCGCUGCCGCCAACACGACGAUUCCACUAGCGUGGGACUCGACGUCGGACGAAGUGGCCAGUGCACUGUUGGCCAUCCACUCGAACCCGGUCACAGUGUCCCGCACCGCAGUCAACAACGGGUUCGUGCACCGCAUCACGUUUGUUUCGGACGUUGGAGACGUUCCCCCGUUGGUCGUGAACAACGACCUAGUGUUCAGUUCAGCGUGCGCAGUGGCCACGAUUCAAGACGGCACGAAAUCGCAUAUCAAAACUUCGUCCAACUUGGGUCAAGCCAUGGUGAAUGAAGUGCAAGUCCUUCGCGUUGAGUCGGGCGGAGGGACCGCGGUGACGGCUGGAAGCUUCCAAGUGACGUGGAAUGGCUUAACGACUGGUCUAUUGCCGUAUAAUGCCAACACGGGAGUAGUGCAAAUUGCCCUGCAGCAACUCUUGGGCGAUGCGUCUAUUGUGGUCUCCGUCACUUCCUCCACCACCCCAUUUGGCCUUGAGUGGGUCGUUACGUUCAUGGGGUCGCUGGCCGGUGUGUCUCAGACCAAGUUCUGGUCCUCGGCGCGGUACCUUGAGGCGCAAUACAUCCAAUCGACUCGGAUGCUUGGAAACCUUCCGGCCAUGACAGUGACUGCGGUGGGGCUGACCGGCGGCCUAAGCCCUCGCGCGUUGGUGUAUGCAGAUGGCGCUGUGUCGCCGAAUGGUAUCACAACAAUCGCGGGGUCCUCCCCCUUCGUGGCGUUUGUCGAUCCGGGGACCCUGGUAGCCAAUCAGACCACAGCCGUGGAUUCCGCCGUGCAAUUCUGGCCGGGGUCCAUGAGCACAGUGGGCAAGAAUGGGCUGUCUACCGGUGCGUACAACUCAAUGUCGACGUUUGUCAUCCAACCGCGCGACAUUCACGGCAAUCUGAUCAACAUUCGCACCCCCCAUCCCGAAGUGCAAAUAGUCGAAACUUACAUUCAAUCGGGCAAUGGUCUUGGGGUGUUGGGGGGUACGUUUACCAUCAGCUACGAGGGGGUGUCUACACCUGCCCUAGCAUGGAACGCUGGCAUCAACGUGGUUCAGUCAGCGUUGGACAAAUUGAGCUCCAUUGGCGACGUGGUUGUCUCGACCAACUCGGUUCAAACGCUGGUCAACACUGUAAGUGCUACAUAUCUUUCCGACACAUUAACGACGCCAGAUUUGACGGCAUCGUUCCAAGUGGGGGACUGGAUUCGCCUCGGCUCGACAUCUGGACCAGUGUUUACGGUCGUGAGCAUAUCCACGACAAACAUCCUGCUGUCGUCCCCCUAUCUCGGAGCGACCAGCACAUCGACAAGUGUAUACAAACAAUCCGCCGUGGGGUUCAUGUACAUUGUCACAUUUGACUCGAAUGUGGGGGAUUUGCCCUCUCUUGGCGUAGACACGUCGCAACUGACGGUCACCGGUGGCACAGGCACGGCUACAGCCACGGUGACGUCGUGUCAAGUCCACCAAACCCAAAUUAUUUCAACGACCGCCCGUUCCGCCAUUGGGGGCACAUUCACAUUGACCUUUCACAAUGCUAAGACUCCUGACUUGCCAUUUGGCAUUACGUCGACUGCGCUCACCGCUGCAUUGCAACAACUGCCAGACAUUUACGCCGUGAACGUUGCGACGCCCGUGGCAGGUCCUAACAAUGCGUUUUCUUGGACAGUUACUCUCUUAUCUGUGGACGGCAGUGUGGACAUGCUGUACGCGGAAGGCCAGCUACUCACGGGAGCCCAAGUAGCCAUCACAGUCACGGAGACUUGUCCUGUCGCGAUGGCAGGCGGCGUGAGCUCUCAGUACGGCUUGCUGGGUGACUUCUUCGUGCCUCGGAUAUCGGGGGCGUCGACUGUGACGGGGUACGCGUCGUACUCGACGCCUGGGCAGUACGUCGGGUCGUACCUAACCCCUCGUUCUGGAACGUACCACUUGGACGUGGUUCACGCGUUCCCGAACGGGUUGGUCGGGACGUACUUCAACAACCGGUGGCUGCUGGGCGACCCCGUCGUGACCCGCGUGGAUGCCGUGGUGAACUUUAUGUGGGCCGAGUUUAUCACCCCCACGGGCAAGGACUUUAUCAGCAUCCGGUGGGAAGGCUAUGUCCAGCCAGCAUUCACUGAAGUGUACACGUUUGCGAUGACAGUGGAUGACGGCGCCCGGCUCUGGAUUGACCACACACUCGUGUUGGAUCAGUACGACGAGACCACUAACGCCGCCGUGCAAUAUUCCGCCACGCCCAUAUCGUUAGUGGGAGGUCGGUUGUAUGACAUUACGAUUGAAUACCGCGAAAACACCGACGUCGCAACGUGUGUGUUGCUGUGGAGCAGUCCAUCGCAAGAUCUGUCGGUGGUGCCCACGCAGCGCUUGUUCCACCCCGACAGCGCCAUUCAAAGCAGUCCAUUCACGGUCGUUCCGUUUGGCGUGCACCCCACAGCGCCAGUGUUGCCCAGUCUGGCCAUCUUGGACUACCAGUCGCUCCGGCUGAGCUUUUCCCAGCCCGCAGACGACGGCGGGGCUAUCGUGGACUCGUAUCGCGUGGAGUGGUGGGAACCGUUGUUGUAUGGCGUUCCAGCGCAGCAAACGCUCAAGAUUGCCACUUCCGUCACUGGCGGGUCGUUUACGCUAACACUGGGGGGCAGCACCACCGGUGCACUGGCGUAUAAUAUUCUGUACUCGGACUUGGAAAAGGCGAUUGAAGCCUUGCCAGAUGCGGGGGAUUGCACUGUCACUAUGACGUCCACAGGGGCGACAAGGAAUUACCUUGUUGUGUUUACAACCAAAGUGGCUCCUGUGCCCAUCUUGACUGUGGACGGCACCCUUUUGACCGGAACGACUGUGAUUGCCACAUGUGCCAACGCGUUAACUACGGUCAAUGGAUCGCCCAGUACCGUUGCUAGCGGCGUCAUCACGUGUGCAGUGGGGGACAGUGUCCUUGGCACGGCAGUUGUAGCCGGGUCCAGAACUGACGUAUCGUUGGUUAUUGCACCUGGGGCUCGGUAUACAUACGACAUUACCGGCCUCACUCAAGCAGCGUUGGCCACUCCCCCUUCGAGCCCCGGAGAUAUUGGAGUCAAUGGAGGGUAUGCUGUUCGUGUGACGGCUCACACCAGUGCUGGGUACGGAUUGCCGUCGGUGGUGACCCAGCUCAAACCCAUGGCGGUCCCAAGCGCUGCCACGUCAGUCGUGUUGAACUUGGUCGCUGGAAAGUCCACUUCAUUGCGUGUGUAUUGGGCACCCCCCGCGACGAACAACGGCGCCGUGGUGACCAACUACAUGGUCGAAUGGGAUACCGUUCCGUCGUUCAUCAAUGGGUCGCUCCAGCAAUACACAAACACCCCCGUGUACUUUGCGGCCCAAGUUCCAGCGUCCACGAAAAUGAAAUACACGAUUCAAGGGUUGACACCCGGGGUAGUGUAUUAUGUACGCGUGCGGGCGAAAAAUAUCAUGGGGCUCAGUCCUCCUCCGUCAGUUCCCGUGUCUGAAACCCCUCGGUUGUAUGCCGAAGCCAUCGACGUGGCCAGUGGCGUGACCUUGAGUUCCAUCGAAGCGGACGGGUUUCACACGGUGCUGGACGCGUCGACGUCGUUGAUGUUGUCGUGGCUACCAUCUGUCAACCCCCAAGGAAGCUCCGUGUCCAAAUACUUGCUUGAGUGGUACGAAGCUUCUAGCCCUGGAACGCAAGCGGUGCAGGUGCUCAAGAUAUUUGACACGUUGAAUGCCCAAGCCGUCACUGGCUCGUUCAAAUUAACCUACAGCCAAUGCACCACGGACUUUCUGGCCGUCGACGUGUCGGCCGCAGAUCUGACCGACGCGCUCAACAGUAUGCCUUGUUUGCGCAGUGUACAGGUGGUGCGUUCCGGGCUCACGUCUGGGGGCUACCAGUGGAGCAUCACGUUUCUCACGGAGUCGCCCAACGGCGUCGUGUUGGCCGUGGGGGCGAACGACUUAGCAUCUCCAAAUCUGGCGUUCGAUGUGGGUGCGAGCCUCGAUCCUGCGCAUGUGGGGGCUUCGUCGGUUACGGCUGGGGUGACGCUAGCCUCGACCACCGUCACGUCGGUGGGCAUUCAGACUAGUGCCGUGCCAGGAAUGUUCCUGCAAAUUGCCGGUGUCGUGUACAAAGUGGCCACAGUGGCGACGAAUCAAGUGACGUUGUCCACGCCGUACGUUGGCGCCACCUCUGCCAGUGUCACGGCCGUUCUAGGAACCACGGUGCCCGGUGUGACUUCUCCUACGUUGCAAAGCGUGGAGAUUCCCACCGACACAAAUGCCACCGCACCAUUCUAUUACCACAUCUCCAACUUGCGCCCAGGCGUUCCGUACAUUGCGCGCGUGUCUUGCUACAACAGCCGUGGAUACAACGUUCCAACAGCGUCGCAGCCAACGGCGCCUCCGCAGCAACCUCCGUCCAGGCCCCUCCAAGUCAAAGUCGUCACGGGCUCCGCCUCUACGUUGAGCAUGUAUUGGUCCCAUCCGCAAAGCGAUGGUGGAAAUGCUAUUUCAAAGUACCGAGUGGAAUGGGACGUCUCGGCAGCGUUCAACUCGGGCGUCGACGGCGGAUCGCUCGGGUCUGACAUCGUGUCCGUGGUGGUGCCUGGCGUCGACUGCGUGUUGACCCCUUGUCAGUCGAUCGUGGGCAGUCUGGUCAAAGGCACACCGUACUUUGUCCGCAUUUACGCGUACAACACAUAUGGGUACUCGAGCGACGCGGGGGUGCCGUCACCCUUGUCGACGAUCCCGCAGACGUUUCCCAUGCCGCCGACGCUUGUGCAGCUAGCGCCUGGGGACAACGCUAGUCUGUCGGUGGCGUUUUCAACCCAGCACGACAACGGCGGCGCGCCCGUGACGAAAUACAAGAUCGAAUGGGACUGCAUGGACCAACAUGCCAUUGCAGGGACCCCGAACCUCGUGACGACCGACUUGCUAUACGUUCGACAGGCGGUGCAGCGCAUUCUCGUCUCUGCAACAGCGUUUGAUUUAGGGGGUACGUUCCGCUUGGGGUUUGCGGGGGCAGUUACCCCGUGGCUCAACUACGACACAUCCGCCACCCUCAUGCAACAAACGCUGGAAGCUCUCGAUACGAUUGGAGCUGUCCGCGUCCAGCGCAAUACGGUUGGCAACGGCUUCGAGUGGCUUGUCACGUUUCUGACGAAUCGGGAAAACCUCAACCACAACGGCGACAUCCCCGUCCUUGUGGCAUCUAUUCUGCCGACAGAACACUAUGCCACGUUCGACGUGGCUAAAUCCACGGGGGCUGGUGCGACACUGACUGGAACCACGGCGGCGAUUCAAAUUUCCACCAAUGUUGGGGGAUACAACGGGUUUGAAGAGCAAAGUGUUGUGGUGGCCACCAAUGCGGGCUCUCUACAAGGCACGUUUACGCUGACGUUUGAUGGACAAACAACCCUUCCCCUUGCGUCUGAUGCUGCUGCGUUGUCGGUAAAGUCGGCAUUGGAAGCACUGGGAAAUUCUGGCACCGUUUGGGUGACCCGGUUCGCCAGUGGAUUGGGCAUCUCGUGGAACAUCAUGUUCUUGACGCGGCUGGGCAGUGUACCGUUGGUCGUAGUUGGUUCCAAUGGUCUCUAUUCGUCCGACCCGACAGCUACCGUGUCCGUCAAUAUACUCGAAGUUCCUGGACGACUACCAGCCAUGAGCAGCGCCCUGUAUGGCUCCCAAAUCAUCUCCGUCUCCCCUAGUGCUGCUUCGCAGACGCAGAUCCAAUACAACAUUCCGUCGUUGGUGGUUGGGGCGUACUACUUUGUUCGGGUGUCGGCUUGGAAUGGGUUCCAAAACGCAUUUGGCAGUGCGCAAUAUAGCACGCCGCCCAUCGAAGCGCCACAGUUACCCCCCGGUCCGCCUCAAAAUCUGGUCGUGGAGGCCAAUUCCACGUCGUCUUUGGCAGUGUCGUGGACCCCCCCCUUGUUUGACGGCGGGUCGAUUGUUCAAGGGUACACUGUCGAAUGGGAUGCGACUCCAGGAACAUACGAAGUGCAAGUCGUGGUGGUGAACGCCACGGCACCUAUCACUGGGUAUUUCGCGAUGACGUUUCGAAAUUACCGAUCGACAAACUUGCAAUGGGAUGCUUCCGCAGAUAUGGUGGCCGACGCGCUGAACAUGUUGCCAAGUGUGGCAGGGGUCACUGUGUCUCGAAGUGCGCUCGUGUCGUUUGGGUACUCUUGGACAGUCACAUUCCAAGCCAACCCCGGCAACUUGCCUCUUUUGGGGGUGCAAACGUCGAAUUUGGUUGGCUCGGGUGUGGCUGCACUAGUGGUGGAAACUGUCACUGGGUCGAAUCCACCGUUCAAUCCACUGACCAAAGGCAGCAUGGUUGUGGGGUCGCAGUCCGAGGUGCAAGAAGUAUUUGCGUACGCCGGCGCCGCGGACCUUGGAGGGACGUUCAACCUUGUGUUUUCUAGCGAAAGUUCAGUCGACAUCCCGUUCGACGCGUCCGCUGAUGUCAUGACGAAAGCAUUGCAAGGAGUCUCUACGAUCUCGAGUGUCACUGUCACUACUUCUAACGAGGUGAAGUCUUCGAUUUUGGCAAGGCAAGAGUACGGGCGCAAGUGGCGCAUCACGUUUACAAGCUCAGAUGGGAAUGUACCUCUGCUCUUGGCUACCACCAUGGCCGGGGCAAUCCCUCGACGCAUUUCUUGCGGGGGUUCGUUAACUGGAACAACGCCGUGUGUGUCCAUCCGCCAAGUCACUGCCGGGGGUAUUCCCCUCGAAUUCAUCAUCCCACAGCUCCGCACGGGGACUCCGUACUUCGUCCGCGUGCAAACACAGACCCGAUUUGGAUCAAGUGCCUUUCAAUUGAAUGCUUUCUACGUCGCCCCAGCCCUCGUCGCCCCCUUGCCCGUGCGCAGAGCCCGCGUCUCCAUUCUAUCAAACACUCAACUUGGCGUUGUGUGGGACGCUCCGCCAGAUGCGACGGUGGCCAACUACAAAUUGCAGUGGGAUGUUUCUCCUUCGUUUGGUAUGACCACAACGACGUCUGGGUCCGCUACAAUCCAAGUCGUCGACCAGCAAACCCGAUAUACGUACGUCAUCCCGGACCUCUUGGCAGCCAAUGCCUACUUUGUGCGCGUCUUGACGUACAACGCCGGGGGGUUCAGCGACCCCACGACGGCCGUGCCUUUCUACGCCAACCAGCGUGUCACUCGAGUUGUCGUGAGUCAUGCAAACAUCGAUGGUAUCCUGGCAGCAGCCCUCCAAACCUUUACGUUGACGUUUGCCAACUUUGCCCCUGCCACCGUGUCCAUUCCACUCAACGCCCGUGCCGACCAGGUCCAGGCGGCACUGCAGGCUCUCGUGCAUGUUGGCACGGUCUUUGUGACCCGGAGCGACCACUCGACGGGGCCGUUGCUGGCCAUGGUGGACUCUUCGGGUGUGGACACGAAUGGGUUCCGCAUCGAGUGGUUCAUCACAUUUGCCGCUUCGUCCGUGGACAACAUUGCGCCAACUUCGCUCGGUGCGUUGUCUGUCACGGUGUCAGCGGGUAUUGUAGCUGCAGGGGACUUCAAUAUCGCCGAUGUGGUCGCUGGAAUUGACCCGCUGCCGCUGUCCAUUACGCCGCGAGCGACGGCACCGGACGUACCAUUAGCGGUGACCGUGACAGUCGUGUCCAGCACGACCUUGGGCGUGCAGUGGCAAGCCCCACAAUAUGCUACUGGCAUCACCAAGUACUUGAUCGAGUGGGAUCUGGACUAUCAAAUCAUGUCUCCAAUUCAAAUUGGCAAUAGUUUCACCAACGCGCACUUGUUUAGUGCAGUCGUGACGGGUGCCACCACUAGCUUUUUGAUUCCAGGACUCACGACAGGAUCGACCUACUACAUCCGCGUAUCUGCGUACAACGGACAAAUCGCCGCCUCAGCCAAAGGGUACGGCUCAGCUGUCGUUGCCACGGGCAGUCCCAUUGUUCCGUUGCCUCAGAUUCCGUACAAACCCACGAGCGUUGCGGUGACUGUCAGUCCUCUCAAUAUUGCCACACAAUUGGAUGUAUCUUGGAAAGAACCCACACUCAACGCCCUGGGGUUUUCGCAAGGCAACGGCGGGUCGCCCAUUACGUCGUAUACCAUCGAUGUCAGCACCCAAGCUCAGUUUGCCACGUUUCAAUCGUAUCCUGUGAGUACCUAUGACGCUGCGGGAGUUGUCCAAUCGUGUGCUACCACUGCGUGCCACUUUCCCCUCGGGAUUGAAGUGCAAACGGUGGUUGUGGCCGCCACUGCGGGGACAUUCCAGCUGGUUCAUACAUCGACGUACCCCACGGUGCUGUGUGCAAGUUGCACUGUGACCAUGAACCCUGUUUUGAACCAAAUUACAUACAAUGGACCCGAUCUCCGACUCCAGCUCGGCACCAACGUCAAGUUUGUGGUCGACAAAGCAGGGGCUGCGUGUGCGUUCACGGUGGCUGCAGUGGCCACGUCCGCGGCCAACGUGGUCACCGUACUACCUGGCUACACUUGUGCCCUGACAGCAGGCACUUUCACGAUGCACGCUCAGCCUACAACGACAUGUUUGGCAACGGCCUCGCUGACCAGCACUGCACUCCAAACCGCGUUGACAGUGUUGACGAACAUCGACGCCGUGGUUGUGACGAUGGAACCAGGGCCGGCCGUGGGCGCAACGCUGUAUCGCAUUACGUUUACGGGUGCGCUUGUCACGGGCAAUGUUCCGCAGCUGCAAGUUGCUUCGAUCGACGGGUCCGGAGGCUGUGCCGCCAUCACCGGGGCAGUUUGGACGGGCACUUCGAUCGAGGGGGGGUAUUUGUCGCCUGGUGGGUUGUACUUUGUCCGUGUGUCUGCUGGAAACGCAGUGGGUACUGGGCUGCCCCAGGUAGCUUCCCCUACCCUUUGCCCUGGUGGGUGUGCGUCAGACAAUACGAUUUUCCCCGUCGCGCGCCCCCCUGCCCCAGUCUCCGUCUUGGUGUUUGCCAAGCCAACCGAUCGGUCCAUUUUACGGCUCACGUGGAAUCCACCAGCGACGACCAAUGGCGCGGCCGUGCUAUCGUACUUGAUUGAAUAUUCCGUAGAUAGUUUUGCCACCACGGACGUCUGUGGUGCGUGUGUGACAGCGUUGGCGUCGAAUGUGCUCACGAUCAACACCCAAGUGACCACCCUUCAAGUGGGAGACUUGUUUCGAUUGGAGCGCCCCGUGCCUUGUAUCAUGGUUGUGGCCGGAGCUCCGACGUGGACGGGGACGGCAGGGACCGUGCCAGUGCAGCCCCACCACGGGUGCUUGGGCUUCACAUCUCAAACGGUGUUUAUGACCGACUUGCACGGGCCAGGCAGUGGAUUUGUGCAAGUGCAGGUGAAUUCGCUCACGUCGCCGUAUUCCGUCGAAGUGACAGUGGUGCCCAACACAGCGUACACUGUGCAAAUGCGUGCAGCCAACAUCAUCGGAGUCGGCGUCGCCGCAGCUGCGACACCGACCUGCGACAACACCCUUGUGGCUUGUGUGGCUUCUCCUGGGUUGAAUGUCAUCAUCACGAGACAACUUCCGUCCGCCCCGUCGGUGGUUUUGCCCAUGCAGCUCGUGUCUGGCACGGGAAACGCCAACGGGUUCACUCAAAACACGCUCGAUGUGCUGGUUCGAGACGGAGCGUAUUGGCACGGCCUCGAAGCCGUCGACAGCUUUCUCGUCGAGUGGGACACGGCGUCGACGUUUGAUUCGGCCAACAAGGGCAGCGUCACGCUCUUGUCCACUGGAACCACAUCGAGCUACUCGUUGACGCCGAUUUGUCCGACGUGUGUGACCUCGUUGCAUACGAACACCCUCACAGUCUCGACCUCCACCGCCGGCUUGUUUGUUGGUCGGCGGUACACCAUCGAGGCGGGGACUCUGAAUUGUGUCGUGCAAGUGGCAACGAUCACCAGUGCUACCCAAGUCGCGGUGCAACCAGGGUACACGUGCUUGGAUUUCACCAGUCAAACGUUCAGCCUGGGCGAAAACGACUGGAUAUCCACGACCCUUCCAGCGCUUCUCAUGGGAUCGCAGUACUUUAUUCGAGCGACGGCGCACAAUUCGCUCGGCAUGGGAACAGUGUCCGCCUUUCAGACGAUCACGCCAGCGGUCACGUCGGACCCCCCGACUCAAGUGCAGUUGGCAGCGCUGGACUCGUCCGCGCUUCCCAUAGACCGCACGACGUCGUUGGUUGUGUCAUGGAUGCCGCCCAAUACUGCGCUAUCUACCGAUCUCAACGGCAACGGUGGGGUGCCGAUCACGGGAUACUUGGUCGAGUGGAGUACCGUGGAUUGGAGUUCGUUUACGUCGACGGUUCAAACCAUUACCACCACUUCGUCUGGAGGUGUAUUAUCGGGCAGCUUUCAACUGCAGCUCGACACGACGGCGUGUGCGCUGUGCAAAGUCAAGUCGUUGGCCGUGAGUUCUGCCAUCGCGGCCGAUGUGUCGGUGGCAGCACUGACCCAAAUUCUGCAAAACAUGCCCAACAUUGGCCAAGUCAGUGUCACCACCACGGGGCUCUCUGGAAACAACGAACAGUCGUGGAGCGUAACGUUUGGCUCGGAUGUGGGCACUGUGCCGACGCUGACUGUCGCUACGAAUGCGUUGACCGCACUCAACGGCGUGGGGGCGAUUGCCAUAGUUAAGACCAACGGAAACCUCAACGGCAACUCGUAUUGCAAUGCCAACGUGUGCAACUCGGUCGCCGUCUCAGCGUCCGCGGUCUACCCCAUCCGGAAUACCAUCGCCGGUUUGGUGGCUGGGACGGCAUACUUCGUUCGCGUGUCAGCUUUCACAGCUCUUGGCUAUGGCCUAUUGCGACUAACGGCCCCCAACAACCUCAUGGUACCCUUCGGCCUUCCCGCGUCUCCUGCCAGCUUUUUCAACCUGGCUGCCCCUCCAGUGCUGUACGUCACUGGCCCCACGUCGCUCUUGGUGUCGUUCCAGCCUGCUGCGUUCACAGGGGGGGCUCCCAUCAUCAGCUGCACCGUGGAAUGGGAUUCUACGUCUGCAUUUAACAACGGUCCAUCCGGUGUACCCUUAGGAACGACGACUCUGUACGGAACCAACGCGAACGGCGCCGAGUACUCCAUCACGUCUUUGACUGCCGGACUCACGUAUUUCACACGUGUAUACUGCUCCAACAAUCAACUGGGCGCUGGACCGCCGGUGGCAACAGUGCCGCCCAGUGCAAUUCCGAGGCAAAAGCCGCCCGCCGUCGACACGAUCACAUUGUCCGCAGGAACUGACACGACUGGAAAGUCCAUGUUGGUGACGUGGAAUACCCCUACGAGUCCGGGUAGUAGUGUGCAAGGAUAUGCGGUCGAAUGGUACACCAAGUCCGUAGCCGUGCCGUACUUUGGCGUGCAAACCCAGCAACUGUUGACCUCCACGGGCACCAUCACAGGGGGCACGUUUACUGUGGCGUUUGGAGCGACGGACGUGCCGUUGCCGGGUGUCGCGAAUGCGGUCAACGGCCAAAGCUACAUCACGACGUCAGUGGACUUGACGGGGAUUUUGCAACGGGGAGAUUUACUCUCGAUCAGCGGCUUGACCUAUUUGGUGGCGACUACCGGUGUCUUGUCUGCUUCCAGCAUUCCACUUGCCGAUGCCACAGCAUGGUUGAACCAAGCCCCCGCAGCGCUUGCGAUUACGCCGGCACCGUACACUGGCAACACUGUCCAAGGUGCAGUUGUGUACCGCCAGCACCGCACUCCACGCCUUUCAGUCAAUGUCUUGCCAACGGAUUUGCAAGUAGCCCUGGAAAACCUGCCGAGUAUUGGACGAGUUCGUGUGGCUCGCACCGGCUCCACCAACAACUUUGUCUGGACUGUCACGUUUCUCAGUCAAUUUGGUCCGCUGGCUUCGCCAAACGUGCUUCGAGUGAAUUCCUUCAACAUAGCUGGCACAGCACCCAACCUCGUGUCUUCCAUUGGAGUGGUAGGCGUCAGUCCGCAAAACUACAAGAUUCAGCUCGUGCCGUCGACGUCCACGUCGGUAGUGCUUUCAGGAUUGAAGCCUGGGACAGCGUAUUUUGUCACUGUCAAAGCCGCCAACGACCGAGGGUACGGCAUGUUCGGCUCGCCCGCGCCUCCAUCGUAUACGCCGAUCGGCAUCCCCGACGCUCUAAGCAACGUAUGGCUGCGGUCUCUGAGCCAAACACAAGUCGAGCUGAUGUACGACGAAGUGGACAUGUCUGGCGGGGCAGCCGUUGACCAGUACUUGAUCGAGUACGGGAACGACGCGUCCUUUCAAGUGGCCACGGCGCUCCCGCCCGUGCUGCCGCAAAACAAAUACGUUCGCGUGACCACGUCGGCUGACUUGGGGCCUAUCGACCCCACAAGUGUGUUUACGCUGUCGCUGUCCAAUUACUUUGGCGUUUACAACGUGGACCUGGGGGGGUACUUCAAUUUGGUCGCUAACAGUCAGUUCAUCACCCAGGUGACCCCGGGGGGUGGCGUCGCUGUGGACUUGACCAUACUGGUGGCGCGGGGGGAGUUUGUCAAGAUUGCAAACCAGGAGUAUCGGGUUUGUCUGGACCCGACCACGUCGUUUGCCAUGGCCGGAGUUUCUGUGACGCAAUUCAACUUUGCCACGAACGUGGUUACGGUCUCGCCUGCGUUGAACAACCACCCGAUCCUCGUUGUCGGCACCACCAUCGUCGUCCGUGACUGCUUAAUGGUCAUCACGGGACUGCCCAGUACAACCACCCUCUCCGUAUCGCAUCAGUGUUUCGCCAGCGUUGGACCGGGGGCAACAGAUCCAGUGUACGUACGGUGGGGGCCCAGCGCCAUUCCGAUCUGUGACAAGUCGAACCCGUGGACACCUGCGACGUACACUGGCUUUUCCAUCUUGGAGGCGCCCGUGUUCAAGCUGGACACAGCCAUGGGGCCGUUUACAAACUUGGACGUGACCGCAGCGUCCGGAAAUUCCGUUACGGGGCAGUGGAACGAUGCAGCCAACACUGCCAACUCGAUCUCGUCCUUAGGCUGCGAAGACUACUUCCGACUCGGCGACCCAUAUUCCGGACAAAUCGCUCGCGUGCUCACGCCCUGUAUCGGUGCCACGUGUGGCUGUGCGGGUCUCACCCCCACGGUCCUUCCGCUGGGCGACAUUGCGUCCCCCAAUCUAGAAACCAGUCUCUCGUACGACACGCUGCAGUACGCCACGCAAGAGAUCCAAACCAUUCGCAUUUCCACAGCGACAGGCGACUUCAACUCUGGCGUGGGAGGGUUUCGGCUGCAAUUUGGAGCGGAUGUGACCGCCACGACGCUCGCUGGCGGCAAUGGUGGGAUUAACGUCAAUGCCCAAUACGGUUGCUUGUUGUGGGCGUCGGGGGUGACGGCACUCGCCGACGCGGCCGACAGCGCGGCGCUCAAAGCCGAGCUGGAGACCCUCCCAUCCAUCGAUCAAGUGCAAGUGAGUCGCAAACUGUACCUAAACCCGACCAUAGCCGUGUACUCGAUCACAUUUACGGGGUUCCGCGUUCGCGGAAAGCUGCCGACCAUGCAAGUCGUGGACCAAGGAUCGAAUGGUUGUGGGGCAUUUACCGGGGCAACUCCCGCGGCAGCCGUGGUCACCAAAGUUCAAAAUGCCUACGUGAACGCGUAUCGCCUUGAAAAAACCAGCGAUAUCCCCGUGACUGCGACCGCCGAAGAUGUGAAAGCUGCGAUCGAGCAGUUGUCCCUGUCGUGCAAGGUCGAUGUCGUGCGCAGGGUGGCCAAGAACGGCUUCAAUUGGUUCGUCACGUUCAGUCGCGGUGUGCCAGUGAACCUCCUAACGUUCAACGCAAACGACUACAAGCUACGUGCGGCACUGGCGCCGCUCGCGACUGUCACCCGUGUGAACAUUGUCAAACUGAACGUGCUCAACAACGCACAGAGCGUGUACGCCCGAGUGGCCGCCCACAACGUCGCAGGGUACGGGGUCAAGGCGGUGUCCACCCCCACGUCGGUACAAGCAACCAACCACGUCCCGGGUGUGGUGUCGGCGCUUCGAGUGGACGUCGUCUCAGACACGCAGCUGCUGGUCCAAUGGCAAGAUCCCUUGGAAAACGGCGGGCAAAAUGUGACCGAGUUCAACGUCGAAUGGUACACCGGAGCUGCCAAGUGGAACCAAAUCGUCAAGAACGCAGACUUUUCCGACGGCGUGAACGACGUCGAAGUCAUCUCCGUGUCGGCCCCGUCGGUCGGCGGAUUCCCGUACUUGGACGGCACGUUCCAGCUCAUGUUUGACAACCAAGUAACGGACGAGCUGCCAUUUGACAUUUCCGCUGUCAAGCUGCAACAAGUGUUGCAGGCACUGUGCACCAUCGAUGCCGUGCUCGUCACGCGGGAAUUGGGUCCUAACGGAUACACGUGGCUCGUGACUUUUGCGCAAGUCAUGUACGCUGGAAACCAAUUCACGCAGUAUGCGUCGUUGCUACAGAAUCAAAUUGGACAUCGGCUAUCCGUCCUGGGCAACAACCUCCUCGUCUGUUCGGAUAUUGCGCGGACGAAUUGCGAACGAUACACUGUGAAUGGAGGCGAAACCAUUUCACCUACGGCUGUGACGGGGUCUCUCCCCGAAGUGCAAACGCUCCUGUGCACGGCCGGCGCGGGCCACAUGUUUCAAUUAAACUAUAUGGGCUACGUGACUUCCCCCAUCUCGUCCACCGCAACGCUGGCUCAAGUCACCGCCGCCCUAGCCAGCCUUCCGUAUGUAAAAACGACCGUCGGAUUCAGUAUCGGCCAAGUUAGCGUCUGCGACGCUGCAACCCCCCUACCUGUGACCGUCCAAUUCAAUUCGGAAAUGGGCGACGUCCCGCUUCUCACGGCGUCCGGCGCGGACGUGGGUGUGACUGUGACCGUCGCUAUAGCUGAAACCACCAAGGGGCGGUUCCACCACCGGAUAGGGAAGGCUCCCCGGUCGUACUUGAUCUCGGGGCUGACUCCCUCCGUCGCGUACAACGUUCGGGUGGCAGCUUACAACAACGUUGGCUACGGGACUUUCCAGCCUGCUCUCUCCACAUACAUCCCAGUGCCAAAGGGGCCCAUGGCGCCUGCGUCCGUGCAAGUCGUCCCUCAAACGGCCACGUCGUUUGGCGUAGUGUGGGAAGAACCAGUGAGCUACGGAGGCUCCAAUGUAGCCAGCUACGUCGUCGAAUGGGACAACACGCGCACGUUCCGCAGUCGCUGUGGGGACAACGCCGAAGUCCAGUACCUUUCCGUGCAAGGGGUGCCCCCUCUAGUGGGAACCCAGCAGUUCCAACUGGCCAUUGGCACCACCACAGUCGGUUGUGUUAACUGGGGCAUCACCGCCGCCAACCUGCAAACGCUUAUCCGGGGUGUGGCGGGGUACGGCGCCGUCACGGUCGUCCAGCACGGUGACGAUUCUGCUGCCUGGGACUAUGGCCACAUGUACGAAGUUACGUUUUACGCGCCUUUGACCGCGGCGCCGCUGGGGGACGUACCCACCAUGGUGGCAUCCCUCGUUGCCGGCUGCAACAGCUUUGCCACGGGAACCCUGACCGUCACGACCAAGACAUUUGGUCCUGGAUUGGACGAGAUUCAAGGCGUCGGGCGGCAAACAUCCACCGACAACGAGUGCAACGCGCUGUAUUUACGACCUGUUGGCCGCAAGACGACAUCCGACUCAUCGGCGAAAUCGGCGGCGCUCGCCCUGAACGUCCUCCCUGGGACGAACUCGCUCAAACCGUUCUGCGUAUCCUGCGCCCAAGCCCUCACGGGGACCACCGUGGCCGUCACCACGGACAUGUCGGCCUCGUUGUUUGUCGGGGAUGUGUUUUCCAUUGGCCAAACCAAGUGCGUGUACACCGUCCAAGCCAUCACUGCGUCGUCGAUCACGGUCGGCCCAGGCCAACUCUGCCCUUCCUUUUCAGGCCAAGCGCUGCCUGUGUACCGCUAUGCGAUGCGCGCGUAUGUAGUCCAAGAUGUCGAAGCCGGCACGCCGUUCUAUGUCCGCGUCGCUGCGCAAAAUGCCCUUGCCACGGGCCCCCCCAAUUAUAGCUACUAGUACAGAACUACAUACAUACAGUAUAUCUAUCUAAUAUUGACGUGUUUAUACUC